CGUAGCUAUGUUAUUUCUAAUUUCAGUUACUAUAUAUAAUAGCUCUUAUAGCUGCAUUUUACUUCUUAAUUUGCAUAUUUCUCAUCACUGAAACAUGGAUAGAAAUUAUGGGAUGCCAGGUUUUGGCUUUGGUUGGAAUGCAUCGCAACAGGCCUCUGCUUCCUCUAGUGGUCAAAAUGAUUUCGACCCUGAAGCCCUCUGUAGUGAUAUUCUAAGAAACGUAGGUUCGUUAUUGGAAGAAUCUAAGAAAGCAGGAACCAUGCCAGCUCCGAAAGUAUACAUAAACAAAGGCAGAUCCAUCACAGCCCAGAACGUCAUCACUGAUUGUUCGAACGUGACAAUUCACCAGAGUGGGGGGGCAUUUGUUGCCCCAGAAUCACCCCCAGUUUAUGACGAGGAGGUGAUUCCCCCUCCAGCGAAACCGGGACCGAAUCCAGUACCAGGCAGAUCUAUCACGGCCCAGAACGUCAUCACUGAUUGUUCGAACGUGACAAUUCACCAGAGUGAGGGGACAUUUGUUGCCCCAGAAUCACCCCCAGUUUAUGAAGAGGAGGUGAUUCCCCCUCCAACGAAACCAGGACCGAAUCCAGUACCAGGAUCUAUCCGUCUGUCCGAUUCAAUUUAUAUGUUCCAUGAGAAGCCGUAUUCUGAGAACGGAAAUGUGUAUAAAGGCGUGCAAUCCCACGGCAUAUCAGGAAAUAAAGAUAUCGCUAUAAAAUUCAUGGAAUAUAACGAAGAAACCCUCAGAGAAUCGCAAAUACACGUCAAAGUUAACCGUCAUCAUAACGUACCCAUUAUUUACCAGUGUGAGCAUUACCUUCUUGGUCCUAUCAAGCAUAUAUACAUAGCAAUGGAGCUGUGUGGGAACGAUAAUUUAGCAGAAUUCAUAAAAAAGACGGAAAUAACUAAAAGACUCAGGGAAAAACUCAUCGAAAAUCUUGUCGAAGUAAUUUUGCAUGUUCAUGGAAAAAAUGUCAUUCAUUGUGAUUUAAAACCUGAAAAUAUUUUAAUAUCACUGGGUGGCAGCCAAGUGAAAUUAAUCGAUUUUUCUUCGAGUCGUGAAGUCAUGAACGGAGAAUCUGUUACUAGCUCAGAAAAUAUGUGCGUUGGUACUAAUGGAUGGAGGGCGCCAGAGAUGUACAACACAAAUGUCCGUACGAAGCAAGCUGACAUAUUCUCUCUAGCUCUUCUGAUAUAUUUUGUUCAAACUGACGGCUCUCAUCCGUUUGGUGAUGACCCAGAUCGUAGGAAUCUCAAUAUAAAGCAUUACCAAGAAUGUGAUUUGAGUAAAUUGAAAUCGGAGCCAAAACUUAAAGAUUUGGUUCGUUGGAUGCUACGGUUGGAUCCACAUGAGCGCCCAAGCAUAACGGAAAUCGACGACCAUGAAUAUUUUUGUAGAAAAAAUUUAGUUUGCCCAUACCCUGAGCUUGGGCUCAACCAAUCUGCACUGACAAAAAAUGAUACAACUGCUUGAACAGCAAAGAAACUGGAAAAUUGAUGAUUUUUUGCUAAAAAUUUCUAUCAGACAAAAUAAUAUGGAGAAAAGUUUAUGUUAGCAGGCUUUGGAGUCUUUGUAAUAAAAAAAAUGAGAAUUCUGGUAUAUAUAUUAAUUUGACUGUAAAAAUGUCGGAAAUUACAUAUGGAGAGAAAAAAAUUUUUUUAAGAGCCUUUAUUUCAAAUUUUGUUUAAAAAAUAAUCUCCUAAUAUUUUUAUUGGCGGCCAUGUCUUGUUUCAAACGACUGUUUUUUUUAUUCAUGAAGUUUGUUGUAAUU